AUGCCUCGAAUACCAGACCUCCCUGGAAUACCUGUCGCUCACGGCACACCGCAAGAGCAAUGGCUCAAGCGAUAUGUGGCCGGUCUAUGCGGUCUUGACCAUGAACGCUUUCCGGGUGCACAGCCCGUCAGCUUUGCUGCCAAAGACCUGGAGAAACUGGAGAAGCACGAUUUCUGGGUGGCGGAGAAAUCAGAUGGCAUUCGCGUCCUCCUCUUUGUGCACACCGAUAUCAAUACCAUGGACCAGAUGGUGUACCUGAUUGACCGUCACAACACAUACCGCCAGCUCAAUGGCCUGUACUUCGCACACCACGAAGACCCACGACGGCCGUUACGUAGCUCGAUCGUUGAUGGUGAGCUCGUAUAUGACGUCGAUCCUCGUAGCAAACAGGAAACGCUGCGCUUCCUGGCGUUUGACUGCCUAGUUGUCGACGACCAGAACGUCAUGGACCGAACCCUGGACAAGCGAUAUGGGCGACUACAAGCGUGGAUGUACAAGCCCUUCCAGAAGAUGCUGCACGACCAUCCGCACGUGGCCAUGUCGCAACCGUUCGACUUCAAGGUCAAGGACGUCAAGCCCUCGUACCGCGUCGAGGACGUGUUCAACAUCGACAUCCCGCGCCUGCAGCAUGGGAACGACGGGCUCAUCUACACUUGCGUGAGCACGCCAUAUGUGCCCGGAACGGAUCCAAACAUUUUGAAGUGGAAGCCGCCGUCGGAGAACUCGAUCGACUUCAAGCUCGCGCUGCGCUUCCCGCCCACGCCCGGAAAGCCCAUGGUGCCCGACUUCCAGAUAAAGCCCAUCUUCGAGCUGCACGUCUGGUGCGGGGACGACCGCGGCAAGCCGCGGUACGAGCUCUACGAUGUCAUGCAUGUCGAGGACGACGAGUGGGAAAAAAUGAAAACGUCGAACGAGCAACUCGACGACCGCAUCGUGGAGGUGCACUGGGACAGCGACGGCGAGCACUGGCGCAUGAUGCGCUUCCGCGGCGACAAGCCGAACGGGAACCACAAGUCCGUCGUCGACAACAUCAUCAAGAGCAUCGCGGACGGGAUCGAGAAGGACGUCCUCCUCGCGCGCUCGGCGGCGAUCCGGAAUAACUGGAAGAUGCGCCAGGGCGCGCCGACCGGCCCCGCGCCCGCACCGCAGAAACCACACGCGCUCCCAGCAAAGCCGCUGCCGCUCCCGCCGCCAACAGCAGCGUCGCUCCCGCCCAGGCCCCCACAGCUCGCGGACGUGCCGCCCGCCGAGGCGCGCUACGGCCCCCUUGCAACGUCGCGCUGGAGCAAGGUGACCGGGCCCGAGAUGGUCGCGGGCAUGUACAGGUGAACGCACGCUCUGGCCUUACAGACGGGCGCGGUUUGGCCGGUGGACGCAGAAAGCAGAGACAGCGGCGGAGCCCUUCAAGAGGUCUUUGGCCGGGCAUGGUGCGCCCCCUCCACCUCCGGCGUCGCGCAUCCAGCCCAUAGUGUAUGCGAAGGGCAGGCCCGGAGGUGCCGCAGGGAGGGGGUGCAGCUACUUGCGGCCAAUUGGAUGGGCCGUAGGGAGUCCACCUCGACGCAGACGGUUGGAGGAAGCUUGGGCACACGCAGGAGACGUCGGGCGGGCAGUUGCUACAACACCAUCAUCGAUUCAGGCCCUGCGCCCGCCCCGGCAGACGCAGGCCUGUGUCUCUGUACGUAUGUACAUCGGCAGCGAGACCGCUAUGUAUGUAGCGUACACAGCAGCGCUAAUAAGCCUCCUCCACGGAGGGCUUUUACG